CAAACUUUACCUGUGUUAAACAUGUUACAAACGCGUAUAAAAUUAUGAAAGAGUGAUAUUUUCUUCAUUAAGUUAACAAAAAACAACAAAACAAAUACAAUCAUAUAUAAGUGCAGAAAUCCGCUUCAGUUAGGACUUACUUUCUAAACAUGGACGUACGGAUAAAUUUGAUUAAUGUGUUAUCAUUAAUCCUUGUUGUUACCUCAAGAGGAACAGACGCUACUUGUUAUUUGCCUAUGCAGAAUGGAGUAUGGGAAUAUAAUUACACAAAAGUAUCAGACAAUUUAAAACAUUCGACAACUCUGAUCAUCGGAACUACAACGCUACAGAAUUCCGUCAUCCAUUUAGAUGCUUAUGGGACAACAAUAGACGAUUGGACUUGCAUCAAUAGUAAACUUUUAUCUAACACAGAGGGAGUUGCGGUGUUCAAAAGUGACACAAGCUUUACCAGUGGUCCUUUUAGUGGUAACAGACGGCUAUAUCUUUGUAUGAAAUUGACAAAAGUGACCAACGAUUUAUAUUACUUUUACAUUUUGUCAGAUAUUUUCCCUAACGUCACUCCGAAGGAGAGAGUGUAUGCGUCAAAAGAAGGAAACGCCCCAGAUGAUGAUGCACCGAUGUGUAGUACGUUUUGUCAAUACACAGGCUCACCGAAAAUUCGCACAUUAAUAAGACAAGGAACUAGUGACGAAAUACCUGGUGAUGCAGCAUUAUGUGAACCAUGUGACAGCACAUGUGAAGUGGAUAGAUGCGAUCCAAACCCAUGUCAGAAUAAUGGAAGUUGCAAGGAUUUCAAAGACGGAUACAACUGCAAAUGUACUUCUGGUUGGAAAGGAGAAAAUUGUACCACGGCGAAAACAUCUUCCUCAGUCGGGUGGAUAGUAGUAGUUGUAUCAGGAGUGACUGUCGUAGUUGUAGCUGUAGUUGUGUUGGUAAUAAUUGUGGUGGUAUUGAGAAAAAGAAGAAAAUCAACAUUUGGAGUGACCAAGAGGAAUAUCAACACUAGUUCAGAUGAUCAUAAAAACGGGGAAAAUGAACUUAAGGAAGUAGAACAAAAGCUUGUUGCAAAGACGUAAAUCGGUGAAAUCGAAAAAAUCACAUGGACAAGACACUAAUACCCUGUUUGUUGAACUAGAACUAGUAGAUAAGCAUCAUGAAUCUAACUGUGAUACUGUUGAAACAGAAGCAAACGAGCAACAUCCUGUUAUUGAUAGACAGUCUGCAGCAAAGGAAACAGUGAACAACAAUGCAUAAAACCUAACAUAUUUAAUUCCUAACAAGUCAAUUGUAAUUAUAAAAAGUUACUGUCAUUUGUAUAGAACAUCUCCAUGUCUGUUAGUGUAUCAGCAUAUUCCCGCUUAGAAUGUAGCAAAAUAAAAUAACAAAAGAAGAUGCGGAUAUAUGUCAAUGAUAAAGCAACCAAACUGCACAAAACGGUCUUCCCUUUGUAUAGUUUAGUUGAUUAAUUGUUAACUGUAUCGGCAGACCUAAAAUGUUCAAGAUGAUACGUAUCCCAAAAACUAACUUAUUUUGAAAGGUGGUUGUAUUUGGACUUCUCUAGGCCGACUGUAAACCUCUUGAUAUUGUGCCGUCAGCUUUGCUGUAUGGAAUGUCAACUAACGCCUGCGCCUCCGGGUAGAAUGAGGACGAAAUAUUCGAUUUUCAGAGAUAAAUUCAAAGUCACACUACCACGACACCAACGAGCUGGUUCAGGGUAAAAAGAUAUCAAUGGCCAAACAAUGAAGAAAAACAUAGUAUGACAACAAAUUGGUACAAAACAACAUAAAUCAACUGUCGAAAUAUUUUACAACGAGAACACCCUUAAUGCUUGUGUGGUCAAGUUAAGUGAGGACAGCGUCCAAAUUUGAUUUGAUCUGUUCAGUAUUAAUCACGACAAUUAAAAAUCAGUGAAAUAGUUAUUGGGAUAGCAUUUUAAUAUAAUUAUCAUAUUUCAGAAAUACCCCGAGAAUUAUGAUAAAUCAUACACUAUUAGCGUGUCCUCAUGCACUGGUAAAAAAGAACAAAUAACUGUUGAUAUAAGAUUGAGAAUGGAAAUGGGGAAUGUGUCAAAGAGACAACAACCCGACCAUAUGAGCAGACAACAGCCGAAGGCCACAAAUGGGUCUUCAAUGCAGCGAGAAACUCCCGCACCCGGAGGCGUCCUUAAGCUGGCCCCUAAACAAAUAUGUAUACUAGUUCAGUGAUAAUGGACGUCAUACUAAACUCCAAAUUAUACACAAGAAACUAAAAUAAAAAAAGAUACAAGACUAACAAAGGCCAGAGGCUCCUGACUUGGGACAGGCGCAACAAUGCGGCGGGGUUAAACAUAAAUUUUUAUAUCUCAACCCUCCCCCUAUACCUCUAGUCAAUGUAGAAAAAACAAACGUACAACAGUACGCACAGUAAAACCCAGUUUAAGAGAAAUCCGAGUCCGAUGUCAGAAUAGGAAACAAAAUGACAAUAAUACAUAAAUAACAACAGACUACUUGCAGUUACUGACAUGCCAGCUCCAGACCUCAAUUAAACUGAUUGAAAGAUUAUGUCUUCAUGAUAUGAAUAUCAGGCACAAUCCCUCCUGUUAGGGGUUUAGUAUUAUACCAUCAUAAAAUAUAUGAGAAGAACAUAACCCGUGUCAUGCCAACAACUGGUUUUAGAAUAAAUAUGUUUAAUUCCGAUGCAAAGACCCUAUAAGUGAAUCAAUAUUAAAGCCAAAAUAAGCCAUCUUUAAUGACCUGACAACAGUAUCGUAACUAUAUCCCUUCUUAAUAAGUCUGUUUAAAGGUUUUGUUAGCUUUUGAGGUGAAUACUGACAUUUUUGUGCUUUGUAAAUAUUAUAUUUCAUGCAUUGUACUUUCGAGUUGAUCAACAUCGAACAAUCACAGACUAUGAAACUGUUUAAGUCUUAUAUAGGGAUCACUUCAAAAAGUAACAAAAGUUACAAGAAAAUCUCUGAUCUAUAAAAUGAUACUACAAUUGCAAAGGUUUUCAACGCUUAACGUAUAGGCUUUUGUAUUCUUCAAUUUGUAUGACGUAAGUAAAUCACGAUGUUUUCGUUUUUUUUUUCCAUCUUAGUGUCAUUGCAAUAAAUAUAAAGUUUAUGAUCAAAUAGUGUAAUAAACAAAAUAUGCUUCAUUUGAUAGCAUUUUGUAUAUAAAAGGGUAAGAAUAUGUACAUGUAUGUUUUUUCUAAUAAUUGCCUUAUAAACCAACCAAUCAGUCAGGAGAAAAUAUUCACACACAUAAACAUAUCAAUAAAACCAUACUCAUGAACGGAUUUGUUUUAUAUACAUCAAAAGUCAUUUCAUUCGAAAAUCGAGAAAAAAAUACACAUAAAAAAAUAA